GGGCUCAGGGACAGCCAAAGCGGUGCAGGCAUGGAUGGGAGGAAAUGCAGCGUCUGGAUGUUUCUACCUCUUGUAUUCACUUUAUUCACUUCAGCUGGACUGUGGAUAGUAUACUUCAUAGCUGUGGAAGAUGACAAAAUUUUACCAUUAAAUUCAGCUGAAAGGAAACCUGGUGUGAAGCGUGCGCCUUAUAUAAGCAUUGCAGGUGAUGAUCCUCCUGCCAGCUGUGUGUUCAGUCAGGUCAUGAACAUGGCAGCAUUCCUAGCCCUGGUGGUAGCUGUUCUGCGCUUCAUACAGCUGAAACCAAAGGUUUUAAACCCGUGGCUGAAUAUUAGCGGAUUAGUGGCGCUGUGUCUGGCUUCCUUUGGAAUGACCUUACUCGGUAAUUUUCAGCUUGCAAAUGAUGAAGAAAUCCACAACGUGGGAACAUCCUUGACCUUCGGAUUCGGCACGUUGACCUGCUGGAUCCAGGCCGCCCUGACACUCAAAGUCAACAUCAAGAAUGAAGGACGGAAAGUUGGAAUCUCAAGGGUGAUUCUGUCUGCAUCGAUCACUCUCUGUGUCGUCCUCUACUUCAUCCUCAUGGCCCAGGACAUCCAUAUGUAUGCAGCCCGAGUGCAGUGGGGCCUGGUCAUGACCUUCCUGUCAUACUUCGGCACCUUCGCCGUGGAGUUCCGCCACUACCGCUAUGAGAUUGUGUGUUCCGAGUACCAGGAGAACUUCCUGAGCUUCUCCGAAAGCCUGUCGGAAGCCUCCGAAUAUCAGACCGACCAGGUGUAGUCUGUCAGUCUGUCCUUGCCGGUGAGGUGGGUGUGGCAGCGGGGGAGGGGCAGGAGGGCACACUCACGGGAAGUGACGUAGCCUCGACACACUCCACACACACACACACACGUUCACGGCCACAUCUGCCAAAUGAGCUUUGUAGGGCAAGUUGUUUCUUGAAUGAAAAGCACAAGCCCUUGUGUGUCAAAAUACAUGCUGUUACACUGAAAAUAUAUGCACGACAGAGCCAGAAGCUUGUGCAUGGUCACCUGUCCCUUGCCCAUCCCAGGAUGCCUCACUCUCCCUACGUUCUUCCUGUCUCAUGGUGACCUCCCUCUGAUGGAGUGGGCAGGCGGGAUGUGACAUGGGAUGAUGCCAACUCCCUAGUUGCCUUCAGGUCCAAAGGGCUUGGAGCAAACACACCAGGAAGUUGUGACAGCCCUAGAGUGGAUAAUCAGUGUCAUCUGCAUGGCUGGAUGCCAGAUGGAGCAGUGACCCCAUAUGGCCCGCAAGAAGGCACGGACAGAACUUUUCCUAUGAACGCUGUCUUCACCAUCAGCAGCCGGCUGCGUGGCCCCAGGGAAAAGGACCUGCGACAGUGUGUGUGAGGGAAGCUGCAGUCAUGAUGCAGACUUGAAUCACUGUGCCUGAGAAGGCCCUGCAGACGUGAACAUUCACAGGGACACAGUCUGCGGGCCUGGCACGAGAUGUGGGCACUGAGGGGAGGGCUUAGUUUUUGCUUCCACAGCAAGUCAUGUACAGUUUGUUUUAUAGAUCACGUUUACCUUUUUUAAAAAAAACAAAAAUAACUAUAGUAACUAUAAUGGGUCUCUCUAGAUCUCAUGGACAAAGAUAGAGACCAAAGGUAAGAACUGAGCUUACUCUGGGUUAAAACAUGAAAAAAAGAAAAAAAAAAAGUCACCUGCAGGUUUGAUGUUUGAAGCUAAGAAACAUUCACAGAGAAAUAUGAAGAAAUCAGAACCUAUGGAGAUGGAGAAAGAGCUCCCGCCUGGAUGCUUACAAAGAUAGGAAUUUAGGGCUGCAGGUGCACUUGGCCUUUGUCUAGCAGGCGUGAGGCCUGGGUUCUGCCCCCAGCACCCACCACACAAUACGUUUCAGAGCAUCUCACCCCAAGUGAAAUCAGAGGAGACUUUAACACGUAGCUAUCGCUUCAAUCUGAUAGUUUUGGGUCUAGGGCUUUUCAAAAUUGGAAUUUACAAAUAAAAGAUUAUCUCCCCCAAAGCCACAAUGAGACAUCUGGUCCCCUGCAGCAGGGGCAGUCCCCAUCCCCAGAGUUCAGAACUGCAGCAUAGGGCCCGGUACCCCAGGCUGUUCAUCAUGAGCCAGAACACUGUUCCAUCAGGUCACUAUGGACCAAGGGACAGACCCUCUGAAUGAACUGUUUGGAGAAAUUCCCAAAUGCACUUCACAGGGGCCCGGGACUGCAUGGAGAAUAAACUGAAAACACACUGUCUUUUAAAGUCAUCCCAGAGCCUGAUCUUCCUGAGGGGUUGAUGUGACCUCGUCCCCACUUCUUCCCAGCACAGUGCCUGGCACAUCUGAGGUGCUCAGUGUGUGUCUGCUGGGAAUUACUGAUCAUUUCUGAGUGUGGGGAAAAGUAUCCAAGACAGAAAGGCAAAUGAGCUAACGGACAGACAGCUGUGCCCAUGAAGGAGGCAGAGAGAGCACCUGUGAGGUGUAAGGAAAAGAGGAAAACACUCAAACAGAGCAUCUGCCUAAUAAAAAGACAUCUUACUGUACAUAGUCCAAGGUGACAUUUAUUAGUUUUUGAAUAUUGCUCUUGGGUUUCCUUUUUUCAUUUUUAUACUUUACAGAUUUUAUCAAAGAACAAAGAUGUUAAGUUUUAUUUUACUGUACACUAUUCAAAUUAAGCCGCUUUGGUGACGCACUUGUACACUUUCUUAAGAGUAAAUCAAAUAGCACAUUUUAGCAGACUCGAGCAAUGGCUAACAUUAUCCACUGGGAUCUGGCCCUAAAUAAAGCUCUUUUAUGCAGAAUUCCAAUUUCCUUGUCUCUUACACCGACUGUUCUCUGGUACUAAUGCAUGUGUAAACUUGGAAGUGAUGCUGAAGGCGAACGUGAGUGUUACACUGGCAAGUGUUCUCCACACGACACUGCUUUCCCUGACUACUCCGGGAUUGUGUCAGACUCCAGAGGUUGAUGUCACACAAGAUACCCUCACUUCAGAUGCCAAUAACAAGUUUGGGGCCCAUGGGCUGCUGUUACUUCUGUCCAACCUGGCUACAAAUCUGCUAGUGAUGGCUUGCAGAACUGAAAAAAAAAGUCUUUAUUUACAUUUGCUGAUUUAUUAUAAAGGAUACAACUCAGGAACAGCCAAAUGGAAGAGGUAUACAGGGC